CGAAGGAGGGAGGGAAUACGUACCUCCAUUCAAUCCAUCAACACGGUCGUCAUGACAACGGGCACUCAAACAAAAUGGCCGCCAACACAUACGAGUUGCGCUUGGCGCCCGAUAAAAAGUUUUCGGCCCAACUAGCCCGAGAGUGUUUGAAAGACGUCUUGAUGACUGAAUUCGACGACAAAAUUUACGAUCCCAGUGAGGUUGCAAAGUGGACAAAAGAAAUCUCGCAGAGGAUAUGCGAAAGACUUCAAGAACUGGGUUUCGAGAGGUACAAGUACGUGGUGCAAGUUGUCAUCAGUGAACAACGCGGUGAGGGAGCAAGAAUGGCUUGCCGGUGCCUUUGGGAUUCCGACACGGACGUUUGUGUUUCAGAGUUCUAUAAUGGAGACAGCUUGUUCUGUGCUGCUGUUGUCCUUGCCUCAUAUUACUACUAGUCCUGGCCGUAGUGGCCUCAGUUGAUGCGUACCAUGCCCCAAUAGGACGAAAUGGCGCAGUAUUUGAAAAAAUGUGUGGGGGCUCACGUAUGGUCAGGAACAGAGCUGAACUUUCAACAUCUGCUGUGCCUUCGCUGUAUAUGACCAAGAUGCUGAUAAGAGUAUCUUUUUACCCUCCAUCAUGUGAGUUACCCUUUAAAUCCCAAAUAAUUUAACAACUAGGUGAUGUUGAUGUCAUC